UCACAUUCAGAGACGUGCGUUUGUGGCAGAAAAGUGUGUCGAUUCCUGUAGACUUGGCGGGGCGUGUGGCAUUUUAGAAAUCUGAAAAGGAUUGGCGUUGGUAGUAAUUGCUUGUUCGACAGAGUACACUAGCUAAAAUCAUGUUAACGUUAAAAAAUAAAAGUAGGCGCAGAGCAGUGACUUAUGGAAUAAUAUAUGCGUAUAUAUCGUCCGUACAAAAUAAAAAAAAUAAGAAACGUGCAUGUUGGACAAAAAAGUGGCUAGAAGAAAGAAGCCAAUUUGGUCAUAUUCCCCUUCUUAAGGAACUAAGGGAAAACAAUCCCAAUGAUUUUAAAAAUUAUUUACGCAUGGACUGCACAACAUUUGAUAAUCUUCUUCAAGUACUGGAACAAUAUUUAGUUAAAGAAGAUACAGUAAUGAGGAUGGCUAUUCCGCCUAAUGAAAGACUCAUGGCAACUUUAAGAUUUUUGGCUACAGGUAGAUCCUAUGAAGAUUUAAAAUUUUCUACUGCGAUUUCUCCUCAAGCUUUGGGAUACAUUAUUCCGGAAACUUGCAAAAUAAUUUAUGAGCAAUUAAAAAAUGAGUAUUUAAAGUUUCCAACAACUAAAGAAGAAUGGAACUCAAUUGCUAAAGAUUUUGAAAAUAAGUGGCACUUCAUUAACUGUGGUGGAGCAUUAGACGGAAAACAUAUACGAAUUACAUCUCCGGCUGGUUCAGGUGCAUUAUAUUAUAAUUACAAGCACUUUUACAGCAUCGUUUUAAUGGCAUUAGUAAAUGCAAAUUAUGAAUUUAUCUAUGUCGAUGUCGGAAAAAAUGGUAGAAUGUCAGAUGCAGGCGUCAUCGAAUAUACUGAGUUUUAUCGCCGACUUUCAGAAGAUGCCUUAAAUUUGCCAGAUAAUACUGAAACUACAGAACAUUUAAAUUACGUGUUUGUAUGCGACGAAGCAUUUGCUUUGCAUAGACAUAUUCUUAAACCUUAUCCACAAAAAGAUUUGAAUUUUGAAAAAAGAAUUUACAACUACAGAUUAUCUAGAGCCAGAAAUGUGGUUGAAAAUGCAUUUGGUCUUAUCGCUUCUAGAUUCAGAAUACUUCAUACUUGUAUAAAUUUGAACGUAUCUAAAGCAAAGUAUAUAAUUCUUGCGAUAUGCGUUUUGCACAACUAUUUAAGAAGGCAUAGUUCAUCUUAUAUAACAAGUUCCACACUUGAUAAGGAAAAUAGCGAAACACAUGAAAUAGAAGGAGGUGACUGGAGACAGCAGAAUUAUGAAAUUACAUCUUUAAAACAAAACAUAGUUAGGAACGUACCAUUGGAAGCUAAGCAAAAUCGAGAAAAUUAUCUACGAUACUUUUUGGGUAAAGGAAAAAUAGCCUGGCAAGAAGAAAUGAUAAAAAAAGGAAAAGCGUAAAGAAAACCAACUAUAUUGUGUAUUUGUUUCACAUUAUUUUUAAGUGCAUAUUUAUGUAAAAACUUAUAAUAAAUAAUUACCUCUGC